CUUCCUCGCCCUCUCCCUUUCUUGUCUUUUCAGAUGCUGAACAAAAUACUCUGUCGUCUAGGAGUUGCCCCCGGAUGGCAAUUUGUGGAUGUGCUGGGAUUGGAUGAAGAUAUAUUGAGCGCUGUGCCAAGUCCGGCUUGCGCGCUGCUUCUGCUGUUUCCCCUUACUGCUCAGCAUGAAAACUUCCGGAAAAAGCAAAUUGACGAACUGAAGGGCCAAGAAGUGAGUUCAGAAGUCUACUUUGUGAAGCAGACGGCGAGUAACUCCUGUGGAACCAUUGGCCUUAUCCACGCCGUAGCUAAUAACCAAGAUAAAAUUCGAUUCGACGAAGGAUCUGCAUUAAAAGAGUUCCUCACUGCGACAGCUGGGCUCUCCCCAGGCGAGAGGGCAAAACGUCUUGAGAACAACAAGGCCAUUCAAGAAGUCCAUAAUGCAGUAGCUCAAGAGGGCCAGUGUCGGGUUGAAGACGAUAAGGUGAACUUCCAUUUCAUUCUAUUUGCCAGCGUGGGUGGACACCUCUAUGAACUGGAUGGAAGAAUGCCAUUCCCUAUAAAGCAUGGAGCUAGUUCAGAUGCCACCAUGCUCAAGGCAUCGGCUGACAUCUGCCGGCAAUUCACCGAACGUGAGCAAGGAGAAGUCCGCUUUUCUGCUGUGGCCCUGUGCAAGGCUGCUUAAAAUUUGGCAACCAAAAUAACAUCCUCAGCCUCUCACCGGAUGUAAUCCCAGCCUUUAAGGCUUUAGCACUUAUGUUUAAAACAUUGAAAAGAAAAACAAAAGUCAAAAGCCAAGGCGGCUGUUCUUGGUUUUGAAUUUAAGGUGUAACGCGAUCCUGUUUCCUUUUCCCCCUUCCUGACCUGUCCUAAAGCCGAAAUUCACGCAAAAGUGUCUAAGACGUUAAAAACCGUCGGUGUUUGUAAAUGCUUCCUAGGCUUUUGUGAUUCCCGAGUUUCUUUUGAGCGGUGGUGACUUCUUGUCCGUCACAAGAAUAAAUUCCUUCUUGCUAGUCCGGAAAA